GAAUGGAUGCUCAUGUUUGUCUGACUUGGACUCUAUCCUGAAACCUCCAUGGUUGGACUAGGUGAUUUGUGUGACCAACCCUGACCCUAACCCACAUGGAUGAGUUAAAAUAAUAAUUAUUUGGAUCCUAAGGAGGAGGCUCAAAAGAAGCUUCAUUUCACAGGCAGGAUGAGGGACCGACUGGAGAUGCUGCAGACCAUCCGGGAGGAGGAGAGCGACUCAGAGUCGGAGCUGUCCUUUCCGGACGGCGACUCGGAGCAGCUCGACUUUUCCCAAGAGGCGGUGGUCUUCCGGGACCCCGACGACCUGCGCGGCAUCCUGAAAGAGGCCCACUCCCUGCGGAAGGAGGUGACCCUGCUCCGCCUCGAGGUGACCCGGCUCAUCCGGCACAACGAGCGCUUCGGCACCAGCAUGCGCCGCCUCACCCUCCUCAAGCAGGACUCGGACUCCAUCGCCAGGGGGAUCCACCGCCGCGGCGAGGCCCUCUUCGUCCGGCUCAAGGCUCUGGGGGAGUGCAGCCGCGCGCUGGAGGAGCUGAAGGGCCCCGACGCGGCCCUGAGCCGCAUCGCCACGGGCCAGCAUUGCACGCUCAACCGGGCCUUCAAGGGCAUCAUGGACGACUACAACCGGGCCGAGGAGAUGCAGCGGGUCAAGUGCCGCACGCGGCUCCAGAGGCAAGCCUCCAUCCUGGGGACGGACAUCAGCGACGAGCAGCUGGACGAGGUGGUGGAACAAGGGGGGAAGGGGUGGGCCGAGCUCUCCCAGAGUCUGCAGACCGACGGCGCGCGAACGAGCCGCCUGGCACUGUGCGAUAUCAAGGGCCGGCACAGGGAGCUUGUGGAGCUAGAGGCCAGGAUAAAGGAGGUGCACGACCUGUUCCAAAACAUGGCCAUGAUGGUGGAGGAGCAGGGGUGCCUGAUCAACAAUAUCGAGAACAAUGUGGGGAGAACGCAGGAGUACGUACAGGAAACCAAUGAAUACAUCAAGACGGCGGUGAGGUUCAAGCGGAAGAACCCCUUUAAGCACUGCUGCCCUUGUCUACCAUGUUGGCGCCCGGUUGUGUAGAGCGACAUAUCGGCUUAUACCUCAGAAGUGCAAUGUAUUUAUGAUUCUUUUUCCGUAGUUUGAUAUGGUAAGGGAAGUCAGAAAAGGACUCGCACCUGACGAUCGAGAUGUCAAGCGUCUGCAAAGACACGAAAUACUACAUUUAGUGUUAUAUUUGUGGAUGGUCAUAUCAAAUCAAAUACUUGGGACUGUAAAGUCAGCUGUUACAUAUGAACUCAUGAAGGAGGUUUCAUCGGUGAGGAGAUAGCGAAGCACAGAAAGAUACAAGCCCAUACUAAUCAAGAUGUCUUUAUUUAUAUUGAUUGUCACAUAUUGUUUUACAUUAAUGCUCUGCAAAACGCAAAGACAGAUUCAUAGCAAUAUGUUUUUUAUUAUUCAAACAAAUGAAGAUGAAAGAUGAAAAAGUGAUUCUUGUGUUUUCUGAAAUUGAAUAAAUCCAUUGUGUUGUCUCAAGUCUUCCUUUUGUUCUUGAACUCAACAUUAUAAGCAAAAAACGAAUGAGGGCAGACAACAUUAUCUUACAGAAGGCCCAGCGAGCGUGAAGGGUUCUGGUCCAAUUCCACAACAUACUGUACACCAGUGGUUUUUAACUUGUCUAACCUGAACUCCCACAAGUGUGAUUUGUCUCUGGGACCAGAACAGAAAAGGUGUUCGCGACACACCAGGGGUGUAUCACUGCAGUACACUACUUUACUGACUCAAUCAAAGCAUCGUGUUAGAUAGAUUACAGUGGGGUUCAUCACAACUCCAGCUACUGCGAAUAUACAGCAAAUCACUACCAGGAGACCUUAGGUGUAUAUCCUGCGACAGGUCUUUAUUGACCAAGGUCUUCUACCUUGACUUUAAAUGACCUUAUGUUACUCAGACAAGAUUAUACAGAUAUCGAAUCCCCACAUGGACACAACACUAAAGACCGUGAUCAUAAUGUCGUUUAGGGAAAUGACUGACCCCUGGUUCGAUACGAAUGGUUCACCCUUUGUAAAACAAUAGUGACAUACAAUGUGUUGGCCAAUCCAUAAGUAUAGAGUCAUUGAGACAUUGUGAAGUUAAAAGGUGAACUUACAGAACUUACGUUGUGCAUUUACUGCCGCAUGCAGGCUACUGUUUCGUAUAAUCUCAGUGAUAUU